AUCCUGUAGAAGCUUCGAUUACAGUCACCAGAAGGGCUCAAAAUUCCCUUAUUUGUCCUUUCUGACAGGCUCCAUGUGCACUUGAAGUAUGCAUUUUGACUUUCGUCCCAGCACUUGUUAGCACUAAGAUUUACUUUUCCUCUGCAAUUCACAAAAAACUAUUUUACUGGUAGAAUACCAAAAGAAAUUCAUGUGAAGAUGGGGAGCAGCAGAAUUCUGAUAAUAGGAGGAACUGGUUAUAUUGGCCGUCAUAUAACUGCUGCCAGUCUUUCUCAGGGUCAUCCCACUUUCCUUCUUGUGAGGGAAUCCUCAGCUUCCAAUCCAGACAAGGUCCAACUGAUAGAAUCCUUCAAAUCCUCUGGCGCAACUAUACUCCAUGGAUCAAUAGAGGAUUAUGCAAGCCUUGUAGAGGCAAUUAAAAAGGUAGACAUAGUCAUCUCCGCCAUUACUACAGAACUGACAGCAGAGCAAUUCAAUCUCAUCAAGGCUAUUAAAGAAGCCGGAACUAUCAAGAGAUUUCUACCAUCAGAGUUCGGGAUGGAUGUUGAUAGACAGCAUGCAGUGGAGCCCAUAAAGAGUGUAUAUGAUUUGAGAAUCAAAUUACGUAGGGCUAUUGAGGCAGAAGGGAUUCCAUAUACAUUUGUCUGUGCCAACGUUUUUGCUGGGUUUAUUCUUCCCAACUUAGCUCAGAUUGGCCUUACAAGCCCUCCAAGAGAUAAGGUUGUUAUAUAUGGAGAUGGAAAUACUAAAGCUGUGUAUGUGAAGGAGGAAGACGUUGGGACAUUUACAAUCAAGUCAGUGGAUGACCCUAGAACCUUGAACAAGAUCCUCUACUUGAGGCUUCCUGCCAACACUCUGUCAUACAACGAACUUGUAGCUCUUUGGGAGAAGAAGAUAGGAAAGAGUCUGGAGAAGGAAUAUCUAUCUGAGGAACAGGUUCUUAAACUUAUUGAAGACACUCCUCUUCCAAAGAAAAUAUACUAUGCAAUUUUUCACACGCUUUAUGUGAAAGGGGAUCAAACCAAUUUUGAAAUUGGACCUGAUGGAGUGGAGGCCAGUCAGCUAUAUCCAGAUGUCAAAUACACAACUGUUGAUGAGUACCUCAAUCCAUUUGUGUGAAUAAGAUGAGAUGAUCUACUAAAUUAGAGAUCAAAGUGGUAGUGAGGAAAAAAGGUUGCAGUGUCCUUCCAUGUUUUGUUUUAGAUACAAAAAGAAAUAGUGCAAAGUCUAAAUUAUAUCUAAUCUUAGCUAUUGUUCUAAUAUAGGGAUAAUUAUCUAAUUCUUAUUUUAUCCCGUCAAAUUUGUCAUUUGGACAAUAUUUGAUUGCACAAUUGUCAGUGGUGAGUCUUGUUUAGAUGUUGGCACUAUCUUAUAAUUUAUUUGAGUGUGAUGUAAUUUAUGUGAUUAUUUAUAUUAA